CCAUAUUUCCUCCUCGCUCCCAUCGUGCUUUGCGGCGACCUUUCCCGUCGCCCUACAGGAGCCGCCAUGAGCGCAGCGCUGGCGGUCGCUUGGCAACGGCUGCUCGGUGCGGCCUGGGGGGGCUGCGCCGCCACCCUCUGCCGGGCCCUACGCACCGGCCCCCGGAGGCUGCAGAACCUCGCGGAGACGGCGGCCGCGAAGGAGGUGGAGAACCAGAGCGCCACCGACCUGAGCCCUUUAAUCCUGCAGAGGAACUCCAUGAGAUGGGAUGGAAAGGUCUAUGAAGAGAUCCCAAUAGCUCACAUCAAAGCUACAUACAACAACACCCACGUCCAAGUGGUCAGCUUUGACAACAGGCCACUUGCCCGUACAUCCUGUGGCACAGAAGGUUUCCAGAAUGCCAAGAAGGGAACAGCCAUCGCAGCACAGACUGCAGCCAUGGCAGCCGCAGUGAAAGCACGUGGGAAGGGUGUAUUGCAUGUACGAGUCAUGGUGAAAGGACUGGGACCAGGACGCAAAGCUGCCAUCAAGGGUUUGACUAUGGGAGGUUUGGAGGUCAUCUCCAUCACCGACAACACUCCGGUUCCACACAACGGCUGUCGCCCGCGGAAAGCCAGGCGAAUGUGAGAGGCAGGUGGAAGAGGCACACAGCUUUCAACAUCAGUUCGUGUAACAGGGACUGGGCUGAACGGUGCUCCUGUGACAGAUUCUGGAAAGACACCCUCCUGGGAAAUACUUGUUGAGGGAAUCUUGAAGAAGAGAGACUAUCCUGGACCUUAAAAGCCCAGGUGGUAAAAGCAAGAAUGCAUGCCUUCCCUUAGUGUGAAGCCUGUUGUGUAUGAAGCUUGUUGAUUAAAAUGUUGGUCUUCUGACAGCCAUU